GGGUUUGUGAUAUAUCAUCCCAGCCUGACGUCAAGAGCCCGGGGGAACAUCUGCAGCGACGACGUUAAAAAAUAUGAUUUACACUAAAGGGUCCAGCCUUCUGCUCUAGCCCGCCUCACCCAGCUUCCUGGGCGCCAUCAUCACGAGGCCAAGGUCGAAACUCGAAACGCAAAGGUCCCGGCUCUCUGGGAACAUCCAGCACCCCUCCACCCCUUCCUUGCGAGGGUUAGGGGGGCCAGGUGCAUGUGCAGCAUGUCAUCACUUGUGGAUUGUGACGCGCUGACGCACCUCGGGAGUGAAUCCUCCCUCACAUCUUGGACGAGCCUGAAAAGGGCAUGAUGUUGCGAUGGGUGCUCUCGAAUGACUUUUUCCUUCUGAACAGGCCGCCUGCAAUACAUUACAGCGCGAGUCGCCUGCUCCCUGGGCCCGAGCCGAGCCCGAGCCCGAGCCCCGUACGAUCCGCCCACCCCACAUCGACCUGAAGUCGGAGCUGUGCGGUGCUGUGCUGUGCAGCUAAUAAAGCUUGGGCUGCCUGCCUGUUGGGAGCUCCCGGACUAUGACAGGCGGUAUUUCGCCGAUGCCGCCCGUCCCGUCCAAUCAGAGGGCCCCAAUCCAGAGAAAUUCCAUCAUCGCGCAGGGCCAUUGAGCUCGCUCCUUCACUUUUUCCCAUCAUACGACUGCAACCGACACCGCGCGCCUGGCAAGAGACGAGCCAGCCCGGCUUUACGAUUUCUGUCUUGCUCGACGGAAGCCACGGACAGCCAGUCUGGAGGAUCCGUCAGUAACAGCCCUGCACAGCGCACCCGCGUCCGUCCUUUCCCGAAUAGACACCCGGCACACAGCACGAGACUCGCCACGCCACCGGGUCUGCCGGCGGGAGGCCGUCAUCUUUCCAGGGUCUUUGUGUAAACCCCGACAAAUCCGCUCCGUUUCCUCCCUGCUGUGCUGGCCGCCAUCAGCUUCCUCAGCGAGCGAGACGCACGGGCAUUCAUCACGGCUCACCCGUUGCGCCGGCUUGCAACCCCGAACCGAAUAGCUAUUCUGCCCUCCUGCGCUACGCACACCUGCAUCACGAGCACGAGUUGACGCCUACGAUCACGGCAACGAGACAUUGAAAUCGGCACGACCAUGCUGCGAAGCUCAAUGUCGGGGGCGUUCCGCGCCUCGAUGCUGGGCCGUCAGCCCACCACGACGUCCUUCGCCGGCGCACCUCUGCGAAGGCUUGUCGCCCCAAGCCUCAGAACACAAGGGGCCCAACCGAGAGCUGCGGGCGGGAAGUUGGUGGCCACGGGCGCUAGGACAUUUGGAACCGGGCGGACGACAUUCACACGGGGACCCUCGGCGGCCGCGAGGACGGCACAGGGCUUGUUACAGAGAACGCAGAAGCGCAGUUUCAACUGGAGCUGGUCGCGCCGUUCCGGCGGCGCCGGCAAGGGCGCUGGGGCCGAGGGUGAAGCACUGUCGCUGAGCGCGCGCCUGCGAAAACUGUCGCGGGAGUACGGUUGGGCCGCCCUGGGCGUGUACCUAGGCCUCAGCGUGCUCGACUUCCCCUUCUGCUUCCUGCUGGUGCGCAUGGUCGGCACCGACCGCAUCGCCGAGGUCGAGCGCUGGUUAAUGGCCGGCGUUAAGAAAGUUGUGCCCGAGUCUGUAAAGGAGCGCUGGCACGAGUACCGCGCCGCCUUCAAGGAUGCUGAGAAGAAGGAACUUGGCGACAACCAUGUGAGCGAGGACGUCGAGAAGGUUGGCUGGGGUGUCGAGAAGGCUCAGGAGAGGCACAAGGAGGAAGCGAGCCUCGCGACACAACUGGCCCUAGCAUAUGCCAUUCACAAGUCGUUCAUCUUCAUCCGGGUGCCCUUGACGGCAGCCGUGACACCAAAGGUGGUCAAAGUUCUCAGGGGAUGGGGCUAUCAGAUCGGCAAGAGGAAGCCGAAGCCACGGUAGAACAGACGCAACGCAGAGAUCGAUCUACUGUACCUGACUGACAUCAAAGACGCUGCAACCGGGCCUGGCGGUGCGUGCAGUUGAGUCUGAUCUGAGGUUCCGGCGCUGGGUGGGCAGGUUCCUGCAUUCCGUUGCGCGGCGGUCUCCCCGUGCAUGUACAAAUUUAUUUAGAGUUGCAUGGCAUUGCAUGGAGCAUCAGUGGCGAAGGCGCAAACAGGGCGGUAAAGCUGGCGGCAUCUGGACAACUCUGCAUGUACCUCUGUGUCUCUGGCCGUGAGACGCACAAUUACACUUCUCAAAUGAACGGGAUCCAACAAGAAUCCGACUACGCGACGUCAGAGACACCGCUACUCUGGGAGGUACGGUGUAUCGCCAUCAUGACUCUGAUACCAAGACCGGCAAGUCAAGAACUUGCGUGCGUAUUAUCUCGCCUGCUCCACGCCCACCCAGCCUGGCUCCAUGGUUGCGCAGACGAAAAUGGCAUGACGUGGGAAGAGGCGCAUGAAAGCCCUGAGGAUCAUCCAGUGAAUGUUGCGGCUUGGAACGACUCGAUGGCUUCUGGAAAGAUGCACGGAAGGCGAGUAGAACGUGUAUCGAAGCUUCUUGGCCGCCGACGCCGCCCAGGCGAUGGCGGAACAGGCCAGGUGAGCGGGGGGCGUCCUUGCGGUUGCGCCAGGCCUGGACCGGCCGACCCGGGCUGCGCAGAGGAUAACCACGGAACCAUCGUGCUAGACCCUUCGGGAACCAGCGAGGGCAUUCUGCGGCAGGGCGGGUGAUGGACAGCCCUGAGGAGUCGAGCAGGAUCUGUAGUCCUCGUCCGCCCAAAAUCGCCCCUCGCGCCUGACGCGGAGUAUCAGCCCGUGUCUGGAAACCACGAGAUCAGCUAGUUGUAACCUGUCGAUCCGUUAGUGGUGAGUUUUACCCGGUCAGUGAAACCACCAAGCGGGCGUUCGACACGAUAGAGGCGCGGGCAAAGCGUGCGCCUAGGGCUAGUGGCGCCCGGGUCUGAGUGUCUUGGGGCUGAAUCGAACGCAAGUCUGGCCUUCUAGAAGGCUGGGCGGGAGACCCUGAUCCCAAUUCCGUGCAGCCGUUGAGGCGAGACGACUAGUGAGAAGAUUGGGAUUCGAGGUCGACUUAAGGUUCGAAUGACUUGCCAUCCAAGACCGCAUCUUGUUUGACUGGCCUUCUGAGGCGGACGAUAGUAGCCAGCUGGCAGCUCGAGGCGUUUCGAACUGGGGCCGAAUCGCCGUCGGAUGCCCCUCCAGCGGUAAAUUGUUCACGCGGAAUCAGCGCCGCGCUGUUACUAGUUUCGUUACCGUUCCCGUGGUAUUGCAACGGUCUUCCGAAUCAAGAUAGGCGAAUGCGAAUCAGGGUGCUUUUAUUACGAUGGAUGGCCAUCUCCGCCAUGGGAUGUCCAAAGCCGUCGGAGUUGCCCAACAGGCCCUGCUUCAUCAUGACAGGGUGGAUCCACUGGGUCGUCAUCAGCUUGGCAGUCGUCAUGGCGGAAGUGCUCUCAGUGAUGCCGUUGCCGGCCGUGACGACCGUGACUUGCGUAACGGUUGCGAGGGCCCCGAGCCGAGAUCCAGCAAGUGACGGGUCGGGGCUGGCGCAUCGCCCAAAGUAAGGCAUAUCUGGAUUGUUUUAUCUGAUGAUUGAGUCAACCCCAUGGCAGGUGGGCAGGCAUUCGAACGCGCACGUUUUGGGAGAAGAGGCCAUCGUGACGAUACGGCCGUGGGACGGGAACAAGAGCCAGGGAGAUGACGACUCAGUCAUGGUCACGAACCAGAGGUGAACUGACUCUUGCAUCGUCCCGCAGGGGUCCCGAUUGAGAAGUUCCGCAGCUUGGGGGAUGUCACCGUGGGGCCACGAAAACGGGGCCAGGGUCCAGUUGAAGCCGGCCCUUGCCUCGGAGCAUAGACUGAACAGUCCCCACUCUGGACGGCGGGCUGGCGCGGGCAGGCCUGGCAGGGUGGAUCCGAUGAGAUAUGCCACAGUGCCGCGUUGUGGGUUACAGGCUGUCGGGAGGGCGGCUGCGGAGGGCGGAAUGUGGAACAGCCACGCAGCCACGCAGCCGGGCGGGCUGAACAUUUGGGGGCCGGGAACUUCGAGGGAUGUGCUGUGUAGGAGGAGGAAACAAUAGCCUCUGUCUCGGGGAGCAUUGGGAUGAGGGCUCAUGGCGACGCACCGCCAGCCCGCUAUGCGCCGCUAUAUGCGCUGGGUGAAAUAAGCACACCUCAAGGCGGCUGGCGCUGCUCCGGUAGACUCAACAGGACGGACGCGAAUUCCUCGUGUGGCCGGCGUGUGGCCGGCGCAGUCGAGUGGCAAGUGCCGCUGAGCCGACCUCGAUGUGAGGGCGAGUGAAACAAACUUUGGGCGACGGGAGAGUAGCGCGUCACAAAGGGCACGGAGGAGAAGCCGAAAGGGGAGAAGGAAAACGAGGUCCGAAAGCUUAAUCGUGGGAAGUGGGCAAUGGGAUCGUCUGUGGUCCUCUUGCUGUCUGGAAUUGCUGAAGAUGCGACGACGAGGGACCCACAAGAGAGGCAAGAUUUGCAGUGGUACGUAUUCGCAAUCGAAGGAUCCGUCCCCUGCUCCCAGCCAUUAACCAAGGAGAGUGCCCAGGUGCUUGCAUCCGAUGUCGUGACAUGUGGUGGGUGCCG